CUUAUUGUUGGUACGACAGGCACUCGUACGCCGAUUUUGUUACAAACUUCAUUCUUUUUUAGAAAGAAAUAAUUGAAGGUGCACCAUGGCUGAUCACCAGACUGAACGUGCUUUUCAAAAGCAACCAACAGUUUUCCUCAAUCGCAAAAGAGGUACUGGCUCAAAAUCAUUGAAAACUCCAAGAUACACUCGUAAUGUUGGUCUUGGUUUCAAGACACCACGUGAGGCUUUAGAAGGUGGUUAUAUUGACAAAAAAUGUCCAUUCACUGGUAAUGUUUCAAUUCGUGGACGUAUUUUAACUGGUGUUGUUCAAAAAAUGAAAAUGCAACGUACCAUUGUCAUACGUAGAGAUUAUCUUCAUUAUAUCAGAAAAUAUAAUCGUUUUGAAAAGAGACAUCGUAAUAUGAGUGUUCAUCUUUCUCCAUGCUUCAGAGAUGUUGAAAUUGGUGAUGUUGUUACUAUUGGUGAAUGCAGACCACUCAGCAAAACAGUACGUUUUAAUGUACUCAAGGUUACCAAGGGAACUGGUGCCAAAAAAAGCUUCAAAAAAUUCUAAAUUACAAUAAAAAUCAUGUAAUUUUAUAAAUAAAACGAAAAAAAAACAACAA